UGAGCGCGCACGGCCCGGCCGCGGGACCCCCGAGCCCCCCCCGCCCCGGGUCCCCGAGCUCCCGGCACCCCCGGUAUCCCCGGCCCGCAGCAGAGCGCGGCCACCGGAGGCCCCGCGCCCUCGCCCAUGCCCCGCGGUUCUCCCCGGGACGCACGGGCGUAGCGGCUGGAGCCGGUUCCAGCCCGCGGCUCGCCAUGGCCGUGCCCCGCACACUGGGGGAGCUGCAGCUGUACCGGGUGCUGCAACGCGCCAACCUGCUGGGCUACUACGAGACCUUCAUCCAGCAAGGGGGGGACGACGUGCAGCAGCUCUGCGAGGCGGGCGAGGAGGAGUUCCUGGAGAUCAUGGCGCUGGUGGGCAUGGCCACCAAGCCCCUGCACGUCCGCCGCCUCCAGAAGGCCCUGCGCGAGUGGGCCUCCAACCCGGGGCUCUUCAGCCAGCCGGUCUCGGCCGUGCCCGUCAGCAGCAUCCCCCUCUUCAAGCUCUCCGAGGCCGGCGGGCGCAAGUCGCUCAGCAACGGGCACGCCAGCCCCAGUGAGGCCACGGGCAAGGGGGGCAGCAGCACAGGGACGCCCCCGGCCCGCAGCCCCACGGAGCCAGGGGAGAAGCUGUCGCCCUCGGCGGCCCCGCCGUGGCCGGGGAGGAGCACCCCGGAGUCAGAGGGUGGCGGGGAUGAAGAGCCGGGGGGGCCCCCCUUCUCCCCGGGCGGGAGCAGCGGCGAGCAGUCGGUGGGCGCCGAGGCGUUGGAGCCGGAGCUGGUGCAGACGGUGGCGGAGAGCGUGGAGCGGCUCCUGCAGAGCUGCCCCCGGGGCGGCGACGCCGAGCUGCGGGCGCUCAUGAAGCUCAACAAGAAGCUGGCCAAAGCCGUGGGGCACAUCUUCCAGCUGGAGGAUGGCGACCGGCACAAGGAGGAGGAGAUCCGUCGGCACAGUGCGAUCUAUGGUCGCGGCGAGGCCCGGCGCCGUGAGGGCAAGCAGCUCACCCUUCAUGAGCUGAUCAUCAACGAGGCGGCCGCCCAGUUCUGCCUGCGGGACAACUCGCUGCUGCUGCGGCGCGUCGAGCUCUUCUCGCUCUCGCGGCAGGUUGCGCGGGAGAGCACCUACCUGUCCUCGCUCAAGGUGGCCAGGACGCAGCCCGAGGAGAGCGGAGCCACCGUGGCCAAGCGGCUCAAGCAGGAGGUGGGCGAGCAGAGCCGCCCUGAGCCCCUGCAGCUGCCAGUGGGGCCGGAGCCCCACGCGGCCCCGUACCGUGCCAGCCUGGAGGAGGAUGCGGCCAGCCUCUCUGGGGAGAGCCUCGACAGCCACUUGCAGGCAGCGGGGGCCUGUCCCCGGCUGACGCCACCGCCCGGCGUGGCCCCUGACGUGCCCCUCGGCCUCCCCCCGCACGGGCUCUGGAAGCAUUAG